AUGAGAUUGUUGGAGUUUGGGUGUGUGUUGGUUGUUCUAUCUGCACUUCUGGUUUCUGGAGCUGCUGAGGUUUACAUAGUAACUGUUGAAGGUGAGCCUAUCAUAAGCUACACUGGAGGUAUUGAUGGGUUUGAAGCUACUGCAGUGGAAUCUGAUGAGAAGAUUGAUACCGAAAGUGAAUCAGUUACUUCUUAUGCUCGCCAUCUUGAGAAAAAACAUGACAUGCUGCUGGGUUUGCUGUUUGAGGAAGGGACUUACGAGAAACUCUACAGCUAUCGACAUCUUAUAAAUGGGUUUGCUGUUCAUAUUUCCCCCGAACAGGCUGAAACUCUAAGACGUGCUCCAGGAGUGAAAUCUGUUGAGAGGGACUGGAAAGUGAGGAAACAUACAACACAUACCCCACAAUUUUUAGGGCUUCCAACUGGGGUUUGGCCAACUGGAGGCGGCUUUGAUAGGGCUGGAGAAGACAUUGUCAUUGGAUUCGUGGACUCAGGGAUCUACCCUCAUCACCCAAGUUUUGCAACUCAUAAUGCCGAGCCAUAUGGGCCAGUUCCAAAGUAUAGGGGAAAAUGUGAAGCUGAUCCAGAUACCAAAAGAAGUUACUGCAAUGGGAAGAUUGUUGGAGCACAACACUUUGCUCAUGCUGCAAUAGCUGCUGGGGCAUUUAAUCCUAUAAUUGACUUUGCGUCUCCUCUAGAUGGGGAUGGACAUGGAAGUCAUACUGCCUCUAUUGCAGCCGGGAAUAAUGGAAUUCCUGUGAGAAUGCAUGGCCAUGAAUUUGGGAGAGCAAGUGGGAUGGCUCCUCGUGCUAGGAUUGCUGUGUACAAGGCACUCUAUAGACUGUUUGGAGGGUUUGUUGCAGAUGUAGUUGCUGCAAUUGAUCAGGCUGUAUAUGAUGGAGUGGAUAUACUCAGCCUUUCAGUUGGACCCAACAGUCCUCCAGCAGCCACCAGAACUACCUUUUUGAACCCUUUUGAUGCUACACUUCUUGGAGCUGUGAAAGCUGGUGUAUUUGUCGCACAGGCUGCGGGAAAUGGUGGUCCUUUUCCAAAGACCCUGGUUUCCUACAGUCCAUGGAUAGCAUCGGUAGCAGCUGCAAUUGAUGAUCGUAGAUAUAAAAACCAUUUGAUCCUUGGAAAUGGAAAAACCCUAGCUGGAAUUGGGUUAUCACCUUCCACACAUUUGAACGAAACAUACACAUUGGUUGCUGCAAAUGAUGCCUUACUAGAUUCUUCAGUUAUGAAGUACAGCCCCACAGAUUGCCAGAGACCAGAACUUUUAAACAAGAACUUGAUAAAGGGCAAUAUUCUUCUAUGUGGUUAUUCCUUCAAUUUUGUUGUUGGCACUGCAUCAAUCAAGAAAGUCUCAGAAACAGCAAAAGCCCUUGGUGCAGUUGGGUUUGUUCUUUGUGUCGAAAAUGUUUCCCCAGGAACAAAAUUUGAUCCAGUCCCAGUUGGCCUCCCUGGGAUUCUCAUCACAGAUGUCAGCUAUUCUAAGGAACUUAUAGAUUAUUAUAAUAUCACUACACUAAGAGAUUGGACUGGGCGGGUAAAGAGGUUUGAAGGUACAGGUAAAAUCGGUGAUGGUUUGAUGCCUAUUCUGCAUAAAUCUGCACCACAAGUAGCAUUAUUCUCUGCUCGAGGACCAAAUAUAAAGGACUUCAGCUUCCAAGAGGCAGAUCUUCUCAAACCAGAUAUAUUAGCUCCUGGUUCAUUGAUUUGGGCUGCUUGGUGUCCAAAUGGAACUGAUGAGCCAAAUUAUGUUGGUGAGGGUUUUGCCAUGAUAUCUGGAACCAGCAUGUCUGCACCGCAUAUAGCUGGAAUAGCAGCUCUUAUAAAGCAGAAGCAUCCUCAUUGGAGCCCUGCUGCCAUUAAAUCAGCUUUGAUGACAACAUCAACAACUCUAGACAGAGCAGGGAAUCCUCUUCUAGCCCAGCAAACAUCUGAAUCAGAAGCUAUGAAGCUGGUUAAAGCUACUCCUUUUGAUUAUGGGAGUGGACAUGUUGAUCCAACAGCUGCCUUAGACCCUGGACUCAUCUUUGAUGCACGAUACGAGGAUUAUCUAGGUUUCUUGUGCACAACACCUGGCAUUGAUGUUCAUGAGAUAAGGAACUACACUCACACACCAUGUAACACCACCAUGGGCAAGCCAUCAAAUUUAAACACCCCAUCUAUCACAAUUUCCCAUCUUGUGAGAACUCAAGUUGUCACACGCACAGUCACAAAUGUCGCCGAAGAAGAAACCUAUGUGAUCACAGCCAGAAUGGAGCCUGCUGUUGCCAUUGAAGUCAACCCUCCGGCAAUGACUAUCAAAGCAGGUGCAUCCCGUCAAUUUUCGGUGACACUGUCAGUGCGGUCAGUGACAGGAGCUUAUAGUUUUGGAGAGGUUUUACUGAAAGGGAGCAGAGGGCACAAGGUGAGGAUUCCUGUUCUGGCCAAUGGAUUCCGAAGAUAG